AUGGCCAGCAGGAGGAAGUCCACCACCCCGUGUAUGAUCCCCAAUAAGACCAUUCACCUCCGUGAGGAGCUGGAGCAGGACUCAUGGCUGUCAGAACCUCCUUUCCUCCUCAGACAGGCCCGGGACCAAGACUACCCCAUGGGCGGUAACAGGCAGAUCCCGAUGGAGCGAUCCCCAGUUGAGUCCUCCAGGCUUGGGGUGGGCGACAUUGUCAAAGACUGGGGUGGCACCUACACAUGCAGGCAUUGUAGCUUUGAGACCCGGGACCUCAACCUGUUCCUGGACUACGUCUACAGUGGCCACCCGGACUUCAGAGCUGACCCCAGCUUCCAGUGCAUGGACUGUGGGGUAUCGGCAGCCAAGUUCGAGGGCCUGGCCCUGCACAACGCUCGGGUCCAUCUCAGCACUGUGAGCACCACCCUGCAGCUGAGGAAGAGGGACAUGAGGUUGGUGGUGGAGCAGAGUCUGGUCACAGGGACAGAGACAAUGAGGGACACAGAGAUCUCCAUCACCAAGACCCCCAUAAUGAGGAUGCUGAAGGACAAGUCAGAGUCCAAGAGGAUUGUGGUGACCCAUUCUUCCCCUGAUGAACCCUCCUCAGACCCUCCUCCCCUCUCCAUCUCUACCUCCAAAGAGACUGAGAGAAAAGAGACACCCAUAGUGACGGUUACCCACGUCCCUACCAUAAUGCACAAUGGGACGGUCACCAAGGUCACGCUGCCCUCAGCUAUCCAGAUAGUGAACGACUUGGGGGCUCUGCCCAUGCUCAAGACCGCCAUCACACAGGUUGUGUCCGUGAUCCAGAACAGGAACUCUCACCAUCAGACAGCUCCCAUUGCUGUCUCCUCAGCUUUCUCCUCCACCUCCUCUUACUCCACCUCCUUCAAGAACAUGCCCAAGGUGAUGAUCCCUCUGAGCAGUAUCCCAACCUACAAUGCCUCCAUGGACUCGUCCUCCUUCCUCAAGACUUCCUUCAGUAAGUUCCCCUACUCCACCAAUGCAGAGCUCUGCUACCUCACCGUGGUUACCAAGUUCCCAAAGGAGCAGAUCAAAAUCUGGUUCACCGCCCAGAGACUCAAGCAAGGCAUUAGCUGGUCUCCAGAAGAGAUUGAGGAGGCCAGGAGGAAGAUGUUCAACACCAUCAUACAGACUGCGCCACCUAGCACUCUGCACCAGACACUACACCGUGGCCAGACCCAAGCCCAGCAUACCAUCACGGUCCUGCCUGCCUCUCUGGGUCCUACGGGGAUCCCUCACAUCCUCCAGGGCUCUCUGGUGGGCCAGGGAGGGGUGAUUGUCGCCCAUCCCAUGAUGGCCAAUGGCAUCCAGGUCAGCAGUGCCCCCAUGGCCCUGGCGGUCACACCCAAGCAUCAAGCUGCGGCCAGGCCUAUGUUGCAGGCCUGGCCUGCCGCCGCCCUGGUGGUGGAUAAGGGGAUCAGCAUGGUGGGGGGGACAGUGGGGAGCAGUAGUAGUGGAAGCAACAUCAGUAGUUGUAGUAGUGUUAUUAACUUUAGCCUUGGAAACAACCGAGGGAACAACAUUCAUAGCAAUGGCAAAGCCAUCAACACCAAAAUCAAUCUUGCUAAUCUUAAUGGUAAAAGCAACAGCAAUGCUAUCAACAUGGUUAAAAGCAUCAGCACUCACAGUAGCAACAACAAAACAACCACCACCCCGACCUGUGGUCCCACAGCUACUCCUCCCCCUACAGCCUCCACAAACACCACCAGUAACCCCACCACCACCAAAACUGAGGUGGCUUCUUCCCCCUCCACCAAACAUUAUUCCCCAGCACCAAGUGGGAGCACGGUCACCAGCGGAACCUCAAGUUCCCGAACGCUCCCCAACACCUUCCUGGACCCUAGCUUCUACAAGAGCAAGAAGUCAGUGGAGCAACUGUGUACGCUCAAAAAGAGCUUCACUAACAACCAGUUCCCCAACCAGGAGGAGGUGGACCGUCUCAUCUCCUUCACCGGCCUGACCGUGCGCGAGGUCCGCAAGUGGUUCAGCGACCGCCGCUAUCACUUCCGCAACCUCAAGGGGGGGCGUUCAAGUAUGAGCGUUCAGGGUGGUGCUAGCACUCCAACCACACCCGGGUCGGCUAGUGCAACCACCCGAUCUGGGACCCCCAGUGGUAACAAUGGUAUCCCCAUGGACCUGUUGGACACUGCCACUGCCAAUGAACCUCCCCCAAAAACACAGCAGGGGUUGGCAGCCCUCAGCUCCCCUCCCUCACAGAUGCCCACUUCCCCAACCACCCUGUCCAGAUGGCACCCCAGACCCCCCUCCCCAAACUUCACAGCCAUCCGCUACAAAGAGAGGGAACCCCACCAGGUGAGGGUGCUGGAGGCCAGCUUCAGCCAGGACCCUGACCCCUCCGGAGAGGAGGUGGACCACCUCCGGUCUGAAACCAAGAUGACCCGCAGAGAGAUCCACGGCUGGUUUGUUGAACGCAGGAAGAGAGUCGCUGCUGAGAAGAAGAAAGAGGAAUUAGAGAUGAAGGAAGAGGAGGAGGAGAUGGAUGCAGGGGAGGUGGGAGGUAAGAGUAAUUAUGGUGCCGGGGUGAAGAAAGAGGAAGAUGCGGAGGAGAGGCAGAAGGAGUAUGGUUCAGGCUCAGAGCUGAAGGUGAACCCCAUUAAGAUCAACCUGAAGAUGCUCAAAGUGACUGAGUCCAAUGGCAAAAUGGAGACUGAGGCAGGGCAGCCCUCCACAUCCACCAAACUCUCCCCUAUCCGGGGCAAGAAGAAGUUAGAGCAGCUCCACCUCCUGAAGCAGGUGUUUGCCCGGACCCAGUGGCCCAGUGCUGUCCAAUAUGACAAGCUGAUCUCUUCCAUGGGGCUGCCCAGGCCCGAAGUGGUGCGCUGGUUCGGUGACUGUCGCUACGUGCAGAAGAACGGCCAGCUGAAGUGGCUAGAGGCCUACCAGACCAUGGUCCUGGAGGAGGAAUAGAGGGGAGACACUCAGAUUCUCAAGGCCCAUCUAGAGGCUCAUGGGUGUCUGGAGAAGGAACAGUUGUACACAAUCGACAUGCAAAGAAUAAUAGUGAGCCUAAAACGUUCGGCUGUCUGUUCCACCAGCUAG